UUAAGCUUCUACUGCAAAAAUUCAACUUUGUUUAAACAGCUCCUAAUUCUCCUCGGAUACAUUAAUCUAUGCUUUACAUGCUUUAGCUAUUUUCAGUUAUGUUUUACAUGUUUCAGUGACAUUCAACAAUUUUUCCAGAAUACAUUCAGCAAGGAAGCAUUCACUGUGCAUUUUCUUAUGGAAAUGCUUUAGUUUAAGUUAGUGACACGAAGAUCAGUAGAAAUGCUGACUAUGAUUUUCACUGUUAGUAAAAUAUUAAUGUUGAUAAGAAAACACAGUAUAGACAAAGUAAAUACAUCCUACUACAAUAUGUUUUUUUAGCAAUUAAUACUGCAUACUGUAUGCACACAAGUGACCACAGUAACUGUCCUCAUUGGAAAGUGAUGAACAGGAAAGGACAUCUCCUUUCUUUAACAUCCUUGUUUUCCUUGUGCUUCUUCCCUUGUCAUCCCACCAUGUAUCUUUUGCGUCGCGAUUAAUCCUGCAUUUUCACAGGACUCUGAUCUGCCACAGAGCACUUACAGCCCACAGUUAUUCAGUUCUCUGACGGUUUCUUAUUCCGUCUCAUCCCACCAAAUACCUCUUAAAAAAAUAUACAGGAAAAGACACAAGUAGAGACCUUGAACCUCCACUAAACUCCAUGCUCUCACUAGACUUUAGAAGCCUGAUUACCUAUUAUGCAUUGAUGCACAUUACAUGAACACACAUACUGUAUUUACUUUGUUAUGCUGACCUGUCACCCCAACCUUUACAGUUAAUAACGUUAUGAUGUGUAUGUAUUGAUCUUCCAGCAAAAUCCCACUGUCACGUUAACUGGAUGGGCUAAAUUGCCCUGUGAGUUUGAGUGAGAAGGGUUGUUUUUUUCACAUUUAUGGCCUUGUGAUGGACUGGUGACCUGUUCAGGUUGUAUCUUUUCCAACGCCAGCACUUCUGUCACCCUUAGGUAGAAAAGUGGUUCAGAAUUGGGAUGGAUGGGAUUCCGAUCAGGGUUCACUCUUGGUAUAAUUGGUGUAAAAAGGUGUAAUACAUAAAAAAGCUUUUGUGAAUGAGUAUUUUCUUUGGGUUUUAUUAAUGCAGGAGGAGGUAAUGUUAAAGCUCUGUGUCUCCUUUUGUCCUCCACUAUCAAAUGUUUAAAUUUAAACAAAUUUAUUUUGUUCUGUCAAGGUUUAUGGUGCUAGAAUUGCUAUAGUCAGUCACGUUCACUUGCAUUAAGGUGUGAAGAACAGGGCACAUUACAUUGUAGAAAUGUGGUAUGGAGUGUUCUUGUGGGCAGCAGUCUCUUCUCUGGUCUUCCACCUGCCCGCUGCUCUGCUUUCACUUGCCACCCUUCGCCAGCACAAGAUGGCCCGGUUUAUGCCAGUAGCCAUCCUUCUCAUGAGCAUUGUGGGGCCAGUCUGUGGAGGAGUCCUCACCAGUGCAGCCAUAGCCGGUGUGUAUAAGGCGGCAGGGAAGAGGAUGAUCUCUCUGGAGGCUCUUGUGUUUGGUGUUGGACAGUCGUUUUGUGUCCUUAUUAUCUCUUUCCUCAGGGUACUUGCCACCCUUUAGCAGCUCUCAGGCACAGUCAUUCAGAAUCAUUUUGUCUUCGCAGGUUUUGCAUUUUAAAUGGUACAUAAUGGGAUCCUGGAUUAUACUGGGAUAUGUUUAAAGGACGUGAUCAAAAUCUCAGCUGAUGGCCCAGAACUAGAAUGGGGUUUAAAUAUGGGUGGUUGUGUAAUGUAGCACCGACAGGCUGCUGCUGAUGCCUUGGUGGAGCAGCACAGUGCUGUUUUCACUACACUAGACGCAAAGUAGGAACUUGUAUUUGAAAAAACCUUUUGUUGUCACGUUUGCACUGGGAAUAGUUUUUACCUGCAUCAGGAUGACACUAACCUCUCUCAGGGUGUGUGUGCAUGUGUCUUUCUGUCUAAGAGUUUCAUUGACUGCAAUGAAAGCAAAGGGGUAGAAUAAAAAGCUGAUGCAUUGUUGAGACAGGAAGGCAAAGUUUAUAUGCUUUGUUCCUUGAGGCCUUAAUUUUCAUUUUCUAUUUCAGGGUCAUUUUUCUUAUACUGCUUUUUUGUUCUUGUUGAUAUGAUUUUGUGUUACUGUGUUUUAUUUCCAAAAUCAGCCCCACGUUGUGUUGCUUCCUUGUGUUUUAGCUAAUUAGUUUAAGAAUUAAAAGAACAGUUUCAUGUAUUUCAAUUACACUGUGAUCAAACUGAUUUUAAUCCCCAGCUUUGCUAAUGAGCCAAGAGAAUGUCUUUUCCCUUGCUAUUGUUUUUGUUUGUUUAGAUUUAUGUCUUCAAUGAAACACAGAGCACCAGGAUUGUUCGAUUACUAAACAAACACUAACAUUUAGCCUUGUUUUUUUAAUUCAUGUUUGAAUGAUAAUGUUUUACAGGCGUGGCACUUUGUGAUAGUCAUCAGAUUUGUAUAUGUUCUGAACUAUUUGUAGCUUUUCAAACUUUACAGCCAAAUGUAAAAUGUUUUUUUAUUCUUCUGAAGUAAAUGUAAAUAUUCAACACAA